AUGGCGAACGAGGAAGCGAAACUCGAUACAAAACUCACUCAGUUGAGAUUGACGGCGCAAAGAACCUGGAAAAUACUUGAUGCUGGAAAACGAGAAACGAUCGAACGGCAUUUAAAGGCACUCCAAACAACAAUAAGCGAAACAGAUCAGUGCAAACGUACGGUUGAGGCUGAAAAAAUCGUAAGAAAGAAGACCUAGCAGAAAUUAGCGACUGGAAUACGGAAAUCGAAGCGAAGAUAGGUGAAGCUGAAGACGAAGUAAAUCGACUUCAACAAUGGCUCGAGAGCAAAAAGAUGGAAGAAGAAAACUACGCUCGAGAGGAACAACUUAAAUUCGAAGUGAAAUUGGGAGAAACAAAGCUUCAAAUGCAAGCCAAAAUUCAGGAUGCAAACCCGGGGGGGCAUAACACCUCGAAAACUGAGACGGGGGAAGGCAUGAAAGGUAUGUCAGUGAGAUUACCUAAAAUUAAUAUUGUGCAAUUUGAUGGGUCAUACAUGGAUUGGCCAAGAUUUUGGGGCCAAUUCACAGAGACGGUGGAUAAGUCAAAUAUAGCCGCUAUCAACAAAUUUACAUAUCCUGUGCGGGUUUCUGGGACCAAAAGUUAAAAAAAAAUUGCUGUGAUUACAACAAUGUCUCGCACAAUGUCAAUAUAAUUUGCACUAAAACGAUCGUUCCAGAUUACAAUGCUUACAAUUGUAGGACCAAAGUUGGCUGUACUCUGGACAAAAUCUACGUAUUAGCGACCGACAUUAACGUUGUCUUGUAAGUCGGCAAGUCCAACGCGUUUUUUGCGUGAUGAAUUCGCGCUCGCCAUUAUCAUUAAUACAAGCCCCUGCCGUGAAACAAAAUAUUAUGAGAUACAAAUACACAAUGACUGAUAAACCAUUUACAACUAGUAAGUAGUGUAUUCAAAUAAUAUGCGAGGAACAGAGAGAAAAAUGUGUACAGAAGUACAAUAUGAUAAGUACAUAUUUUCGUUUAUAUAUUGAGAGAAUAUUCGACAGGAGUCUGAGUCUUUAUAUGAAAGGAUAUUAUAUUUCAACAACAACAUUUAUUGCGUCCUCAAGUUUUUAAGAAAAUAUGACACACUUAAACAACACCACCCCAAAAAGUUUGAACCAUCCAUAUGCUGAGUACUUAUUUGUAUUUCAAAUAUUUUUCUGUGAGUGGGAAACUAAAGAGGAAUCACAAAUCGAUGUUGAAUAAUUGAGACAUAAAAUCCCGCAAUAGCGUUAUAUAUCAAAGUUCAAAGGUCGCCGCAUAUCGCAUAAUAUGAUAUAUUAUACUAUUAGGCCGUGGGAUGAGCAUCCAAAAGAUGCAAUUCCGUUGCACCCCUCGUGGAACUACGUAAUUUUCACAUGAAUAAAUAGAUAAAAACUUACUUUAUCAGAAUCCGUUGCUCCCCAAGUAAAACAGGUGCACAAUUGGGAGAAAAAUCCCGCCAAAGUUUGAUAUUUUCCCGCUUCGAAAUAUACGAACCGCCAUUUUAAUUUAUGUCAAUUGUACAAGGGAACAGAAGACUUAUUUUAUGCCUAUCAACUUUUGCCUGUUGAACACCAGAUCAAUAAAUAGGAAAGAACUUUUUAUUAAUGAUUAUGUGUCUGAGAACGAUAUUGAUAUUCUAGCAGUGACUGAGACAUGGUUACGUGAGGAUGAUAAUGAAUUUUCUACUGCAGAAAUCUGCCCAACGGGGUAUCACUUUUAUCACAUUACAAGGAAAAAUGCACGAGGUGGAGGAGUUGGUCUCUUACUGAAGAAAUAUAUUAAAGUCAAAAAACAAUUUCAGAGAAAAUUCUCUUCUUUUGAAUAUAUUGAUGUCACCUUGAACUGCCGUAAUACCUGCACCAGAAUGAUUGUCAUUUAUAGACCACCCCCAUCGAAGACUAAUAAAUUAAGCAGCUCAAUAUUUUUUGAAGAAUUCUGCAUAUUUGUGGAACAGUUGAUCAUAUUACCUGGCAAUAUGUUAAUGGCAGGAGACUUUAAUUUUCAUAUAGACAACAUUGGAGAUUCAGAUACUAUUAAAUUCAACAAGAUACUGGAAUCGUUUAAUUUACAACAGCACGUCAAUGGGCCAACCCACAAGAAAGGCCACACCUUAGACUUGAUUAUAACAAGGAAUGAAGAUAAAUUAGUGACUGGUAUCAGAAUACAUGAUCCAGUAAUAUCAGAUCAUCUUGCCAUACAUUGUACAUUACAGUUAGAGAAACCACCAUUAGAACAAGCUGAAAUUUAUUAUCGAAAAUUAAACAAUGUAAACAUGGAUAGUUUCAAUGAAGAUCUAAAAGUACUAGAUUUAAAUGACGAUUAUGAUCUUUCAGUCCUUAUUGAUAAAUAUGAAAAUACGUUGAAAGAAACAUUACAGCAGCAUGCUCCACAAAAACGACGAAUUAUAACUCUUCGUCCUUUAUCACCAUGGUACAAUGAGGAGAUUGGUCAAGAAAAAAGAAAUCGCAGGAAACUAGAGCGCCGCUGGCGCGCAUCUGGACUAUAUAUUGACAGACAGUUAUAUGUCAAACAAUGUGAGACAGUGAAUGCCAUGAUAAAGAAUGCUAAGACAACAUACUACUCAUCGGUUAUUUCCAGUAAUGCACAUAAUCAGAAAGUGUUAUUUAGUACGGUUGAUAAAUUACUCCAUCGAAAGCCAGAAAAGCGCUAUCCAACUGCGUCAUCAACGACUGAACUUGUGAAUAAAUUUUCAGAUUUCUUCAAUAAUAAGAUUGCUAUUAUAUGGAAAGAACUAGCCAUCGAUUCUUCCCACUGUAAUCAGCGAAAUCAAGAGGAACAAUAUGCACAAUGCGUUAAAUUCAUUAACUUUCAAGAAGUCACGGAACAUGAGAUUGAAAAUGUUAUUGAUAAAGUUGGUAAAAAAUCUUGUGAACUUGAUCCAGUGCCCGCAAAAAUCUUUCAAGGUUGUCAGAAGACUCUCUUACCUAUAAUUACUAAGAUCAGUAAUAAGUCACUUCAGUCAGGUUGUAUGCCUGAGAUACUAAAAGAAGCCGUGUUGAAACCAAAACUAAAGAAAGAUUCGCUGGAUUACGAAGAAUACACAAAUUUCCGACCUAUUUCAAAUUUAAAAUUCCUGUCUAAAGUAAUUGAGAAGGUUGCUGCCGGUCAGCUUCUGGAACACUUGGCUAAUAACAAAUUAGAAGAACCCUUCCAGUCGGCAUAUAAACGUUUUCAUAGUGCAGAAACAACCCUAUUAAAAGUACAAAACGACAUUCUUGUAGCCAUUGAUAAUCGUAAGUGUGUGGUGUUGCUAUUACUAGAUAUGUCAACAGCAUUCGAUACUGUUGAUCACGAACUUUUACUACAACGAAUGUUCAAAAGAUUUGGGAUAGAUGGGCAAGUGUUGAGAUGGUUUCAGUCCUAUCUUCAGAAUAGAACGCAAAGUGUAGUGAUUGACGGUGUUAAAUCUAUCUCUAAAGACUUGCGCUGUGGAGUCCCACAAGGAUCA